UGCGCACCCGCACGUUGUUCAUACUGUGAGUCGCGGCAGACGCGCGACUUCCUUGUGUCGAUGGCGGAUUUGACGGCACUGGACGAGGCGUUGUCCCCCACAGACGAUGGGUUUCCCGCGCACGCGGCUUUAGGAGACUCCGUAUUCAGUGGUUCGGAUGCGGAAGCGCCAGAUUUAGGAUCUCUGAAUGUGUCGCGCGGACGACCCGCGGAGCGAUCGUCGCGGGGAGGCGCCGGGGGAGGCGCGGGAGCAGCGAAGCGGUUCGGACGAGGCGGAAUGAUCAUGGCGGUGGUCUUCCGCCUGCUGGCGCUUAACAAGCGAAUAUUAAUCCCCGUGGCUCUCGCAUCGCUAGCUUCAAUGCUGAUGGGAUACGACAUAGGCGUGACCAGCGGUGCGGUGCUGAUUGUGCAGCGAACUUACCACCUCAGCAUUGCGGAUAAGGAGCUCUUCAUCGGUUCUUUCAGCUUCGCAGCAGCCCUUUCCGCCCUCCUCUCCGGCCCGCUCGCCGAUUCCUUCGGCCGCCGCCCGCUCCUCCUCCUCUCCUCCCUCCUCUCCUCCCUCGGCUUCCUCACAAUGGCCCUCUCUCACACCUUCCCCACCCUCCUCCUCACUCGCCUCCUCACCGGUUUUGGCGUCGGUAUUGGGCUGACCGUCGGCCCUCUUUAUGCCGUCGAACUCUCCCCAGCAGAUUCCAGAGGUGCUCUUUCCGCCCUCUCUGACCUCUCCUCCUCUCUCGGUCUUCUCUUGGGGUAUCUAAUCGCCUUCCUCCUCUCCCCUUCUACUGCAAACGACCCUACUCUAGCUGUCGCUGCUGCUGCCGCUGCUGCUGCUACUGAUCCUACAGCCACCACUGCUGCCACGGCAGCAGCGGCAGCAGCAGCCGCAGCAGCAGAGAGCGCGUUUUCCCCCCACAACUGGCGGUUCAUGCUGCUAUUAGGGGUUGUACCCGCAGCAGGGCUGGGCCUAGGUGUGGUGUUUCUAGGGGUUCCGGAGUCCCCAAGGUGGCUGGUGCUGGUGGGGAGGGUGAGGGAGGCGGCAGAGGUGCUGCUGGUGCUGGAGGAUGGGAGGGAGGUGGAGACUGCUGCGCUGCUUGAAGACAUGACUGCCGCCGCCGCUGCUGCUGCUGCUGCUGCUGCUGCUGCUGGUGUUGGCGGUGGGGGGGGGAGGAUGCAGAAGCAGCAGCGUUGUUGGGAGGGGGAGGGUAUGGGGCGGGAGGAUCACAGUCAGUCCCAGCUGUGGCAGGAGGAGGGGGAGCCGGAGGGGUGGCAGGCUUACAUGCCCUCACACCUACAGCACCAGCAGGAGCACAGUUCUGGAAGGGACCAGCAGGGGGAGGGUUAUCUGGGGGCGGGGAGGGCGGCGGGGGGUGGGGUGUGGAGGGAGCUGCUGCUGCCGAGUGAGACUGUCAAGCAGAUGCUCAUGCUGGCUGUGGGCGCGGCUUUCUACCAACAGGCAACCGGCGUCCCCACAAUGCUGUAUUACACCCCUGAGCUCUUCGCCACUAUGGGCCUCACCUCUUCAGCCGCCAUCCUCUCUGCCUGCCUUGCUGUGGCCCUCGCUCGCACUCUCGCCUCUCUGGUGCCGAUCACAAUGCUGGACGAGAUCGGGCGACGCACCCUGCUGCUCAUUAGCACAGCAGGCAUGGCCAUAGCGCUGCUAGCUCAGGGCAUCGUGCUCCACACAAUGAACCUCGGGGGCGAGUUUGACAUCUCCACCGAAAACCCCUCCACCACCACCACUGUUGCAGCCGGUGCUCUCACUUCCCUCGUCGACCGCCCCUUUCAGUCCAACGCCGCUGCUCUCUCAGUCAUCGCCGCGGCCAAUCUCGCCGUCUUUUUCUCCAUAGGCCUCUCCCCCAUCUCCACUCUCCUCGCCCCGGAAAUCUUCCCCCUCCGCCUACGAGCCCAAGGGACAGGGCUCUCCGUGGCCGUUAGCCGGCUCAUUGCCGCUGCCCUCUCCUCCUCGUUCCUGAGCCUGGUGGAUGCCACAAGCCCGGGGUUUCCGUUCUUUGUGUUUGCGGUGCUGUCGGCGGUCGCAGUUCCAUUUUUGCAUUUCUGCAUGCGGGAGACUAGAGGGGUGAAGCUGGAGGCGACAGGUGCGCUUUUUGAACCUAGUGCCGGGGGAGGGUGAUGGAUGGGCAUGGCAGGGCGAUCGGGAGGAGAGCGAGGAAUGUGGGAGCGGGGGAUAGGAGCUUGACCUCGUGACAAAAGGCAUAGCUGCUGUCAGUCAGUCAGGCUCGUCAGGUUAGUGACCUGACCAGCUUUCGCAAGGGAGAGUCUAGUUUGAGGCGCCUCUAGACUAGGGGUUAGACCACCUGACCUGACAAAAAGCAUUGCAACAGCCAGUCGGGCACGUCAGUGACCAGCUUUUGCAAGAGAGUACUUUCCAGCCCGGGGCAGGAGCUAUUUUUUGGCCGAGGAGGAAAUAACACUGCAUUUCACUGGAGGGCUUCGUAUUUGUAGGUGCCUCUAUUUCGUAGGCAGCAAAAAUCUAGUGUGUAGAUUUUGCCUUCUCCAUGUGUGGUGUGGUGUGGUUGCCUCUUAAUGGUUGAUCUGCCAAGAG